ACACUGGAGAGAAGCCAUUUAGAUGUUUAGAAUGUUACAAGUGCUUCAUAACUAAUGGAAGUCUUACUAAACACCAGAUGAUACACACUGGAGAGAAACUAUUUCAAUGUUCAGAAUGUGACAAGUGCUUCACACAAAAGGGAAAUCUUACUGAACACCAGAGGACUCAUACUGGAGAGAAACUAUUUCAAUGUUCAGAAUGUGACAAGUGCUUCACAACUAAGGGAAGUCUUACUAAACACCAGAGGAUUCACUAUGGAGAGAAGCCAUUUGGAUGUUCAGAAGUUGACAAGUGCCUCACACAAAAGGGAAAUCUUACUGUUCAACAAAACACUCACACUGGAGAGAAACAUUUUCAAUGUUCAGAAUGUGAAAAGAGCUUCACAACUAAGGGAAAUCUUACUAAACACCAGAGGACUCAUACUGGAGAGAAACAAUAUAAAUGUUCAGAAUGUGAAAAGUGCUUCACAACUCAGGGAGGUCUUGCUAAACACCAGAUGAUUCACACUGGAGAGAAACUAUUUCGAUGUUCAGAAUGUGACAAGUGCUUCACACAAAAGGCAAAUCUUACUGUUCACCAAAACACUCAUACUGGAGAGAAACAAUUUCAAUGUUCAGAAUGUGAAAAGAGCUUUACAACUAAGGGAAAUCUUACUAAACACCAGAGGAUUCACACUGGAGAGACGUUAUUUCGAUGUGCAAAAUGUGACAAGUGCUUCAUGCAAAAGGAAGCUCUUACUGCUCACCAGAGGACUCAUACUGGAGAGAAACAAUUUAAAUGUUCAGAAUGUGAAAAGUGCUACACAAUUAAAAGAAGUCUUACUAUUCACCAGAGGAUUCACACUGGAGAGAAGCUAUUACCAUGUUCAGAAUGUGACAAGUGUUUCACAACUAAGAGAAGUCUUACUGAACACCAGAGGAUUCACACUGGAGAGAAGAUAUUUCGAUGUUCAGAAUGUGACAAGUGCUUCACAACUAAGGGACGUCUUACUGUUCACCAGAAGACUCAUACUGGAGAGAAAGACUUUAAAUGCUCAGAAUGUGAAAAGUGCUUCACAACUCAGGGAAACCUUACUAUUCAUCAGAUGAUACACACUGGAGAGAAGCCAUUUCGAUGUUCAGAAUGUGACAAGUGCUUCAUAACUAAGGGAAGUCUUAUUAUUCACCAAAUGACUUAUACUGGAGAGAAACAAUUUAAAUGCUCGGAAUGUGAAAAGUGCUUCUCAAUUAAAGGAAAUCUUUCUAAACAUCAGAAAAUUCACGGUGGAGAGAAGCUAUUUCGAUGUUCAGAAUGUGACAAGUGCUUCUCACAAAAGGAAAGUCUUGUUGUUCACAAGUGGAUCCACACAGGAGAGAAAUCAUAUUAAUGUUCGCAAUGUGGCAAAUGUUUCACCAUAAAGUCGAAUCUUACUUUUCACCAGAGGACUCACACUGGACAGAAAUAA